CGCGUAAGUUAGUAGUCUUGGUAGCGGAAAUAGGAACCCUACAAGCUCAAUAAGUGUGACAGAAGAACAACGCUUCUCCCAGGAGGUCAUAGUAUUACAACAACAUUAUGCGUAGAAGUUAUACUUCUACAAUAUAUUUUUUUGUAGUGAUGUGGUGAGGUACCCGCAUUCCGUACAUCAACACCUAGUCCUUCUUCACUGCAUUCGAUUUGGAAGGUUAGAAAAAUUGGUGAUUUCAAGAAAAGAUGAUUCGGACCAUCGCCAGUCUCUUGUGCCGAUUGUGCGGGCGCCUCUGGUCUCUGUGGGUGCGACUAGUUCUCAAAAAUCAACUAGUCACAGGUGUGCUGAUCUUCUUUACCGCGCUCUGCGUUUUUUCGGUCGCCGCACUAUUGCUCUUCUGGUUCGGCUACGUAGUUCUUGUCCCCGGAGAUCUGGUGCUACCACUCCACCUAGAGUAUUUUCGGCGCAGUCCCCGACCCGAGGAUGCCAUUGCGUGUGCGCGGUUCGGCCUGCUCGAUAGGGAAGAAGCCUUUGUCGGCGAUGCGUGGAUCGCCGACAGUUCGGCACUCAGGGAGCAGGCUGUCUCGCGUGGAGCUGUGCCAGAUCCACGGCCGCACCUGCACGGCGCUGCUACAAGUGGGCCGACUGCCUCCUACACAACGACUUCGGAGACAGUCAUACCAGGGCCCACUCCUGGUGCCAAUGGCGCCAGAAAAACAGCCGCAACGUCACACACAAAAGCUGCUAGUGACAAGGACAGUGGUGGACACGCGAGACAAUCAGUCAGUGGCGAAGAUGGUUAUCGAGACUCUACUUCAAUGCCGUCGGCUGCAUCCUUGAUGUCCUUUUUCUUUUCACCUGGAGGAGGAGGCGGCGCAGGAUCUGGUAGUUCUACAGGCUCAUCUCAUAGCGCGUUUCCUCGCAUGCCUCAGGCCAUUUCUACUGCGCAAGUGGCCACCGCAGAAGAGGAUUUCUACGAACAGGGGUUUGAGAGAUCUGUCUUUUCGACGAGCAGGAGUAGUUUUCUCCGUUUUUCUGGACGCACUUUAACAAAAGCGAAGAGCAUCUUUCGCUUGCGUCUCGCCGGCAAGCUGCCCUCAUUACCGUCUGUUCGUAGAUGGAACGAAAACCUGGGCCCCGUUUCCGCGAUCCUUAGUGUGCAACGAAACAACGAAGAUGUUACUCAAGAGCAAGAGGGUGCCGGAAUUAUAGACGAAAGCGAUGGGAGCUGUCGUAAUGGAUCUGCCGACACCACCCCUUCGUCUGGCGAUGAGCAUGCCGAUGAUUCUGUCGGCUCUGGUGCUGUAAUAAUCGACGAUCUGAGUUCGCAAGUAACACAGGAAGCUGGUGCUGUCACUGGCAUCGUCAUAGACGCGGAAGGAAACAUGGACAAGGCCGACCGUAGCGACUCAUCUACAAAUCAGAAAUGCAAUUGGCGGAAAACACGGGAGCCUCCAUCGGGAUCUCCAAAGAAAACGACUUCGCCUAUGCCAGAAGUUCUCUAUCAGCUUGUUAGCCGUCGUUCCUUUUUCGUCCCGGCCGUAUCCGAGUAUUCGUUUCUCGAAGAAACUUUUCUGAAACCCAUACAGCGACUUGUAACUCGCCUGCUUCACGUCGAAGCAGAUGCCUUUUGGGAUAGCGAUUUCCACGUCACUCUAGCGGACAAUCUUUCAGUCAGAACGGUAUUCCACCCUUGUAUGAAACUAGUUCAAAAUUUUUUCUGUAUGUCGUGCGAUUGGUUGAUGUUCUCACAUCAUCGAGCACAUGAUGAAGAAAGGUCAAUUCGCAACGGUGGCUGAUCUGGUCCUCUUCUGUUUUGUUUGCUUUGUGUUUUCGUUCUUCUUCCAUUCGGAUAUUUUUCGACGACUAACAACCCCAAAGGUAUCUGCAGACGAGAGGCUCGAGCUUUGUUUGUCGCCGGGGGUAAUGAUUGACAACACUUUCUUGGUCGUAGAGCCGGAAUUGCAGGGCCUGAAGAAGUAUAUCCGAAGUUACCCAUACCUCUUCGCGUUCCUGGCUUUGAUUGGUGCUGUGCUUAUUGGAUUCGCGACCACGGUGUUUCUUUUUGUAGUAACCAGUAUGCUGGCCGUGGACGAGGAGGACAUGCCAGCAGAUCUUCCCGAGGAUGGAGCGGAGGUGAACGACGACGAGGGAGACGCGGGUGGGCGAGGCGGGAUGAACGGAAGCCCAUCGGUGGCUGAAAGUGACCGCUCUCCUGUACGUCAUUAUGGCGAUGCUGGACCCGUAUCGGACGCCUCAUCCUAUUCACAACGGCGCAGUGUGUCGCCAGGGUCAGAGUCAAGGCAUUUCCGGAGAAAAGACGAGGCGAGGAGCGCCGCUGCCACAGCAGUAAGAAGUAAUUUUAGACACGAAGACCAGGCCGGCGAAGAUGCAAGCAUUAGUAUAGGAUCACCAAAUACGAGUCCUCCGAAAAAUUUCACCUCUCUUCGAAGACGACGGGACGAGACAUCAGGCGACGGCGGCCUUGGCGAUCUCUGGGAUGAGCAUAGCGAGGCGCCGAGCUCUGCAGGAACGCCCCUUUCAUCAGGUACUCACUAUCGCUCUUUGAUUAAUACUAACUCAAUGCUGUCCAUGUGAGAACAGAAUAUAAUAGUGCAAAGUCAUCAUGUUGAUAGUACUUAGGUCAUCUCUACUGGUGGUUUUUGCAUCGGUCGCUUGGUAACGUCAUUCUGCAAGUCUUUCUAAUUAAACAUACUGCAUCUGCACGCAGGCACUUCCUGAACCCUGUUUACCUCUUUUUCCCAGAUGCGCGGCUACAUCGGCGGAAGACGCGGAGAGCAGGGAAAAGAACACGUAAAUGGAAAGAAGAACGGCGCAGCGAAGUUGCGGGCCCCAACGAGGACUGUGGCGACUCGCCGACUUCUCAACAAUGAACGAUUGGCGCAAUUAGACAAAAGCCCACCGGACCCCUGCGCAGAAAAUGCUCGCCGCGAAGAUGGCGGAGGGUCCACGAAAAUGCGCGCGCGACAAUAGAAACAAUCCCGAAUGAGCGCUUAGAUCAGCCUGUCGACAAAAUGCAUCUCUAUCGCGGUUUUUUCCCGUGUCAUCUGCUCACGGUUGUCGUUGUCCCAGCGAUUCCACGCACAAAAACACCAGUAAAUAAAUGUCGCCUGUGGUAUUUCCCUUCAAGUGUAGUUUGCGCAGCGUAUUCAUCCCCAGCAAGCCUGCGCUAGAAACUUCCCUUCCACACCAAGCCAACACUUGUAUGCGACUCAAUGGCUUUUCAAUCUCACCACAGAUAUUAGAAGCUAAGGGAUCUUGUGACUCCAUGCCAAAACUAAGGGGCCUCUCGAUUGUUUGGGCUACCUGAAAUCCCGCUGAAAAUAUAUGUGGUGAUCUUUAUCACGUGCACAGUCUGGUGCCUACCUGUCUACAUGAUUGAUCACGACUUGCACCGGUGUGGUAGUAUAGUGAGGAGGUGGCUUUUUCUUCUUGAGUGGAUGUCUUGAUGUCAUUAUUUGACCAUCUCCAUCUGCUUAUUUUUCGCCACAUGAGCUUUGCGACUCGAGCUGCAACGAUCGCGGCAGUUCCCACAUUCAUAGUGCGUUCAGCGCCUUUGCUCCACACGCAGAGCAGUUGUUCCACAGACAUCAAAGAACCAGCUUGAAGAUGCUCUUUUGUUCAUUUCGUCCUUUGUCUUGUUUUCUAGUCUUCUCUAUAUAUGUUCCAGGGCUCAGGGCUGAAGGCCCCCCCCGAUCUAACUUUUUGAGGGGGGGGCCUCCCAGCCCCGGCCCCUCUUUUCGAGGGGCUGCCGGGCGGGAAGGCCUCAAAGCGCCCACUUCUGACCCCUCCCCGCUUGUUGCAUGUACCCCACAGACCUGGCAAAGGUGGCAAAGGCUGGGCCCUCUUGUCGUGUUGCAUGUACCCAACAGACCUGGCAAAGGUGGCAAGGCCGGACCCCUCUGGCGUGUUGCGUGUGCCCAACCCUACAGACCUGGCAAAGGUGGCAAGGGUGGCCCCCUCGUCUGGCGUGUUGCAUGUGCCCAACCCUACAGACCGGGCAAAGGUGGCCAGGCUGGACCCCUCUGGCGUGGUCCACCGCAGAUCCAUCCACAGGGGGGGGGGCCUCCCUCCCUGGUACGUAUAUAAUAUUUUACAAAAAAACGCACCAAGAACACAGACCUUCACGU